AUGAGUGAUGAUGGAGAGCAGCUGUACGAUGCGUGUUAUUCAUCAGAUCCACAAGAGGCGCUGCAGCUGUUGACCAGUUGGAACCACCAACGUCUACGAGAUGCUGCCCAAUACAAAGGUGGUUUCUUUCGCGAUACACCACUGCACUGGGCCUGCUAUAACGGUCAUGUCAAGGUGCUGGAGAUGCUGUUGAAGCACGGUGCUGAUACUGAAGCCAAGAACAACGUCAGUACAGUACCUCCCUCUUCCCCCCUUUACCCCCCCUAUGAUGGUGCACCCGUACCCCAUGAUGAUGAUGAUGCUGUACCUUAUGGCAAUACACCACUGCACUAUGCCUGCUUGAACGGUCAGGUCAAGGUGGUGGAGAUGCUGUUGAAGCACGGUGCUGAUGCUAUAGCCAAGACCGGCGUUAGUACCUCUUCCUCCCUCUUCUCGCCUUCUUCCCCCUAUGAUGGUGCACCUGUACCACAUAAUGAUGAUGAUGGUGAUGGUGAUGCUGUACCUGAUGGCUAUACACCACUGCACUGGGCCUGCCGUUACGGUCAUGACAAGGUGGUGGAGAUGCUGUUGAAGCACGGUGUUUAUGUUGAAGCCAAGAACAACAAAAUAAAGUCGAUGACCAGGGCGGGCUUUGCUGAACGUCUAAAGCAGAACAGUCCAACAACCACCGAAAAAGAGCGAAAAACAGCCCUGCCUUCAUUCGCCAUGACAUCGACUGAUGACUAUGGUGUCUCCAUAUUGGCGGCUGCAGUGCUGCGCGAGCUGGUGAUGUGGGCGGCUCGCCGGAGGGUGCACCAAAAGAGCACGCAAAUCACGCUGCAUGGAAAAUCGCUGGUCAGGUACCGAGAGGAUGACGGCCACUUUCAUAGCCCAGUGGAAGGUUGCCACUACCGCCAUGAACGCUCAGGGACUCUGAAAUCACACCUGCGGCAUCUGCAUGAGAAAAAGAUGCCAUCAACAGAUGCCAUCAACAGUAUUGCAGGGUCCGACUAG